UUCCCCACGAGGGUCUAAAAGUAGCCUUCUUCCUUCUUUCCGUCUUAACCAUUGGCAAUUAAAAUAAAAACCCCUCUCCAACUCUCUACUUUCUACUUCCAACUUUUCUCUCAUCAGAGACCCAUUCCUUUUUUACUCCUCAAUUAACGUGAGCUGCUUGCAAAAUACUACAUGUAUACUAUCAAUCAUUCUUCUUUCCACGGAUUCUUCUCAACAGUAAGAGAGAAAAGGGGAGGUGUGGUUGGCGGCUAAUACCUAACUCGAGGAAAGGGAGGAGAGGCAUAAUUCACAUUAGAUCUGGAUUCACAGAAGUUCUGGGGUGGUUACAAUCGUGCUAGUGCUGGUAUUCAAGUUUGUUUAUGUGUUUUAACUCAACUGCGGCAGCAGGUUGUGAUAUAAUCUAAUACUAUUAUGCAUAUAUGAAUGACAUCCUGAAGUGGGCUCUUGCGCUUUGCUUGGUUUCUGGAGCGAAGAAUUGCUGUCUCUUUUUUGAAGCUUUGCUUCCAUGGGGAUUUGCUUGAGCCAACAAGUCAAGGCUGAGUUUCCAUUUUCCUCUGGUACAGUUCUAUUCGUAUCGCUUAGCUGUUGGACUGUGUGUAGAAGUAAACUCACGAAAUGUGAGUGAGGAUGGGACUCAGACGAGCAAUUUGAGCAGCAAGGCCUCUUCAUUUUCCAUGUGUCAGACCCCUCGAAGUGAGGGUGAGAUCUUGGAGUCCUCCAACUUGAAGAGCUUCGCCUUUGGUGAACUCAAAGCAGCUACCAGAAACUUCAGGCCUGACAGUGUUUUGGGCGAAGGUGGCUUUGGCUCUGUUUUCAAGGGGUGGAUUGAUGAGCAAUCCCAAGCAGCAUCAAAGCCUGGGACUGGGAUAGUUGUAGCUGUGAAGAGGCUAAACCAAGAUGGUUGGCAGGGGCACAAGGAGUGGCUGGCCGAGAUUAAUUAUCUUGGGCAGCUGCGUCACCCUAACCUUGUGAAGUUGAUCGGGUACUGCUUGGAGGAUGACCACCGACUUUUGGUCUACGAGUUCAUGCCCAAGGGUAGCAUGGAAAAUCAUCUAUUCAGAAAAGGAUCUUACUUCCAGCCGUUCUCUUGGAGCCUUCGUAUGAAAAUUGCUCUUGGCGCUGCCAGGGGACUUGCCUUUCUUCACAGUGCUGAAACAAAAGUUAUUUAUAGGGACUUCAAGACUUCCAAUAUCCUCCUUGACUCCAACUACAAUGCCAAACUUUCUGAUUUUGGGUUGGCCAGGGAUGGGCCAACUGGUGAUAAGAGCCACGUCUCUACUAGGGUUAUGGGGACCUAUGGUUAUGCUGCCCCUGAGUACCUAUCAACAGGUCAUUUAACUGCAAAGAGCGAUGUCUACAGCUUUGGAGUUGUUCUUCUGGAGAUGUUGUCUGGGAAAAAAGCAAUAGACAAGAAUCGUCCAACUGGGGAACACAAUCUAGUGGAGUGGGCAAAACCUUACCUUACCAACAAACGCCGAAUUUUCCGCAUUCUGGAUGCCCGUCUUGAAGGCCAGUAUUCCAUGGGUCGAGCACUGAGGGUGGCUAAUCUUGCCAUUCACUGCUUGUCCGUGGACCCCAAGGUGAGGCCAAGCAUGGACGAGGUUGUAACAACUCUAGAGCAGCUCCAGGACUUGAAAGGCACAUCAAACCAUGACCAGAAGGACAGCCAGUUAAAUCUGCAUGGCAAUUCAGGUGGUGGGCCUAGGCAUUGCAGAAGAAGUGCUGAAGAAGCUCCUGGAAUGACGGCUUACCCUAGACCUUCAGCUUCGCCACUUUAUGCUUGAAGGAAGGAGGAAAGACAAUUCCAUUGCGAGAGCAUUGAUCAAUUUUUUGCUAUAUUCCCAAGUGAUGUACAGUUUUUGCUUUUUAGUAAUACGGUGGUCAUGGCGAGGCUUAAAAAGCUGCUGCUCUUCCUUCCUUGUAAUGCAAGGGUUUUGCAUGCUUUUGGUAAAUGGAUCUUUGCAUCAGAUGUUGCGAGGAAAGAUUAGGAACUUGUUGCUCUUUGGUUUGUAAUUUUGUAGUUUGUAGCGUUUGAACUCUUUGCAUGUGUGCUAUAAGCACUCUGUUUAUAUGUGUAGUCCAUGACCCUUUAUUUA